UUUUUUUCCUUUUCAUACUCUCACUCAAACCACCAUGAGCUGUUCAGUUUUUUGCCCCUGAACUUUCCAGUCACCAUGGAAGGUGUCUAAUGUAAAUGUAUAUCAAUAUUGUAACUGUCUGUACACCUUUAGAACGCCUUUUCCCUCUGAAGCAGCUGAAUAGAACAUCUGUCUUGAGCAAUAUGAGACUCAAAUCACACCACAUGCAGCAACAUUCCCCAACAGCACUCUGGUGCCUUGGACAGAGUUGUUGCAAAACUCAGCUUACACGUGUCACUUGUGAACGCUCAGUGGAGCAGAAGAGGCCACACAGGAUCCAGACCUGCCUGUUAUUUUGCAUGAAGGAUCGUGUGAAGAUGGAGCAUACGCAUCCGGAGAGCACAAAGAGCAAACUGAGGGAGCUGGCCCUCAAGUGGUUCACCGAGACCCAGGCUCCUCUCAUCCUCCACAAAGGCAACUUUCCUGCCUGGUUCCAGGGCUUCAUCAGCAGAAAGGAGGCAGAAGAUCAUCUAAGAGAUAAAGAAUUGGGCUGUUUCCUUAUUCGCCUCAGUGAUAAAGCUACAGGAUACAUCCUGUCAUAUCGAGGACGUGAUCGGUGUCGACACUUUGUUAUCAACCAGAAUAAGGAGGGGCAGUUUAUUGUGACAGGAGACACUGAAAUGCAUGAUACACUUACCAGCCUGAUCGAGUAUUACAAGACCAGUCCUAUUGAACCAUUCGGAGAAUAUUUAACAGUGUCUUGUUUUGAGUUACCUGCAAAUGAUCUGUACGAUGUGGUGCAAUUUGAGCCCAAGGUGAAGCCAGGGGUGAGUGUGGAGGCAGUAAGGAAGAUUUGGAACCAGCGAGCUGAACGGGCAGCUCAGUUUCAGCAUGCUCCAGUUUUGCCACCCAAGAGCUCAAAAAACACCCAGGCAAUCCCUCCAGUUCCAAUAAGAGGAUGCCCAGUAAAGACAAGCUCCCUGGAGGAAAAAUGCAGCUCAAGCAGUAAGGUACUAUAUGCUCAGCUGGAACAGGCCAAGCCUCUGGAAAGCAGAGAUAGUGAUGCUAGAGCUCCACGGGCGAGACACAGUGGAGUUGGGCCAGUUCUUGGUCCACCAAAUGUCACAGCCCAGGACAUGCCUACACCGGGAAAAGCCACCAUUUAUUCAGAACUCAGCCUUUCAGAAUGCAGGAGUAAAUCACUCCCCCUACUGGAGGAUAACACAAAGGAAGAGCCUUCGUAUACGGUGAACAGCUUUACAGAAAACACACCUCAGCUGUCUGAAAACAGAAAACACACCUCACCCCAGAGAGAGAAUGCUAAGAAAACCAGCAGCCAUGAGGUGCCAAGCCACAGCCACAGUAUGGAUAAGCUAAGUGAUCAUUCCUUCUAUCAGCUGGCUGGCAAGUCUUCCCAACAAAUAGACAUGCAGCAGCGAGGAAAGAGUCAUGCUACAUAUGCUGAAGUGUCUUGUGAACCCAGGCCAAACCAUUUGCUCUUAGAGAACACUUAUGAGCAAAUUCCUGAAUCAAGAUCCACUACAAACCCAAACGAGAACUCUGUUCAUGGAAACACAUAUGAGACACUAGAAGACUUCAAACCAAAGCCAAGCGAGUCAACAUGGGGCUUUAAGGGUGACAAGUGGAAACGACUGCUCCCUGAAAACUGGAAGAAAUGAUCAAGUCUUCAUUCACUAAAUCAACUGUUACAUAUAAACACGCAAAUCAUGAGAGUUACACUAAACACAAAAGCAGUCAUGUUAUUAACCUUAUUUAUGUCAAGGCUAUUCUAAAUCCAUUCAAAUGUUAAAAUGAAUUCAUGAGGUUCUAUUCUAGUGUCCUUUAUAGAUUUUUGUUUUUAUUGUGUAGAAAUAUUUAAACUGGUAUGUUUUGC